AUGCAUUGCUCCGACUGCCAUUUGCUGCGCAUCGAUAUGCACACGCAUAUCAUGCCCCCCACGCUGCCAGAUCUAUCCUCAUACGCCUCCAACUCAAGCGAAUCGCCCUGGCUAUCGCUCCGACCAAACCAGAAAAACCCCGAAGACGUCGACAUGUACGUGGGCGAUCGCUUCUUCCGCACCGUCAACCCAAACUGCUACGACGUGCACACGCGGCUGGCCGAAAUGGACGCGGCCGGCACCGACGUGCAGGUCCUCAGCACCAUCCCCAUCCUCUUCUUCUACGACCAGCCCGCCGAGCCGGUGACGAUCCUGGCGCGGCACCUGAACGACCACAUUGCCGCAGUCUGCGCGGAGCAUCCAGCGCGCUUUCUCGGGCUCGCCACGGUGCCCCUGCAAGACGUGUCGGCGGCGGUAGCCGAGCUGCACCGCGCCAAACACGAGCUGCAUCUGCACGGCGUGGAAAUCGGCACCACGAUCGACGGCAUGACGCUGGACGACCGCGCGCUCGAUCCGUUCUGGCAGGCCUGCCAGGACCUGCAGAUGCCCGUCUUCAUCCACCCGCUCGGCUACACCUGGCCCAAGGAGAACCCCAAGUUGUGGGCCAAGUACUGGAGCUCGUGGCUGGUCGGCAUGCCGUGUGAGACCGCCCUGGCCCUGCACCUGCUCAUCUGCUCGGGCACGCUGCUGCGCUUCCCCCGGCUGCGGCUGUGUUUCGCUCACGCCGGCGGCUCGUUCCCCACGCUGCUGGGCCGCAUCCAGCACGGCUACGACUGUCGGCCGGAUCUGGUGGCCACGGACGCUGGGGGUGUCACGCCGAUGGAACAUGCCACGGUGCGGGAUAACAUCUGGAUUGACAGUCUGACGCACGACGCGGACCUGCUCGAGUACCUGGUGAAGAAGGUGGGCUCGCACCGCAUGAUCAUGGGCAGUGACUAUCCGUUCCCGCUGGGCGAGGUGCCCGAGGCCGGCAAGAUGCUGGCGCGCGAUGAUCGGUUGGACGGGUUUCUAUCGUGGAAGCAGCGGGCGGAGAUGCUGGCAGGAAAUGCGCUGCGGUUCCUGAACCUGGACCAGGACGAGAAGUGGAGGGCGAUGAUGGAGUCGCGAUGGAGGGAGUUUGAAAAGGUGCAUUCGUCUUUGGCAUUCCACGAUAUCAGGUGCGCUCGUCGGCGACAGAUGGAACAGUUCGUCCAUCCAGGCGGUGUCGGGCAUCGACGGAAACAGGUUCGAUUCAAAAUCAAUCUGCGCAGCGAAUUCCUGCCACGGAUCCAGGGGCGUCUUGUCCUUGGACACCAGGCACCCCGAGUCACAGAUACAGCGGCCCGGACUGCCCCGAUGUACCAUCUCGCGGGUCAACGUCUCGUAUGCCGUCAGGAUGGUGCGGUACCGUUGAGCCAUCGGCCAGGUUGUGUCCAUCCGCGCGAGAAGGCGCAUGCCUCGCUGGCUGUGCUCGCGGGCGUCGGCGGCGGUGCGUUCGUCGUCGGUCUGGCGACGACAGUGCAGCAAUGUUGCAAUGCUGACCACCAGAUUCUGACCAUGGAAGGAAUAGUAGUGGCACACGGGAACGUGGCUCAAAAACACCUCGGUCAUGUCAAUGCAUUCAAUUGCCGCCUGGAGGGAUUCCUUCAACGCUUGCUCGAACGGGAGUCGUGA